UGUUUUGAGGGGAGGGUUCGUAAAUUUUAUGCAGGUGCGGGCAAUGUCUUGGAUGAUUUCUGGCUUUAUUGGCAACGGAUGUUGUGUACCAAAAGCUUUGUACCAACGUGGAAAUACUUUUAUUUGCAGCAAUAAACGUUUUCAUUUGAGUAAUUACAAUCGUCGUAAAGUGUCGACAAUAAAGUGUCAGAAGGAAAACCGAGCACCAGAUGUUUCGGGAGGUUGGAGAGUAGAAGAGGAUGCUGACUAUUCACUGGCCCGUAUCUUUUCCGUUGGAGCUUGUGAUUCGGGAUAUGCAGUGCUUUUACAUCCCGUGUCGAAUCCUUUUCGCUUUCUAGCUGUCUUUGUAGGUGAAUUUGAGGCUCACGCUAUUGCGGAGGCGUCAUCCUCCUCGUUUUCUUCAAGACCCUUGACACACGAUUUUAUAAGCGUUACUUUAAAGUUGAUAGGUUCCUUUAUUUCAAAAGUAGCGAUUACCCAUUUGACCCAACGUGCCUUCUGUGCCCGUAUCUGGGUAUGGACUAUGGCAGGAUAUGAAAUUUCAUUGGAUGCUCGACCUUCGGACGCAGUAGCGUUAGCACUUAGAUUCCAUGCUCCUCUUUAUUUGAAUGAAAGACUUGUCAAUUCUGCAGGAAUUUCUCUAGAGCAGAUCAAGAGAGAGCUUAAUGAAGGCAUUCUUCGAAAUUUUUCACCAAAAAAGACCAACUUUUCUUCUUGGAAAAAUGCAGAUAGCUUUAACUCUGUCGCGCUCAAAGGAUUGGAGCCUUCUGAGGAAGCUCUCAAACUUCGUUCCUUGGAAGAUCUUGCUGGAAGGAUCACAAAUGAAAAUCUUUUGAAGUCGGUAAGAGAAAAGAUGAAAAUAGCCGAUCCAGUACAGCAGUUCCAAGAAGAAUUUAGUAAAGCAAUUAGAGAAGAGCGUUAUGAAGACGCAUCAUUGAUUCGGGAUAAAAUAUAUCAGUGGCUUAUGAGCAAUCGUCUUUGAUAGCAAUAUUGUGCUUGUGUUAAUUAUUUUGUGGGCUCUGAAACUAAGGUAGUUGUUUUCAUGUACAGUGCAUGCAUGACAGAUUUAGGGAUUUUUUUCAGUGUCGUGAAGUGUAAAUACAAUUUUUGAGAAAGCUCUAUAAGAUUAAGUUGGAUUUCCAUAACUUAAGCAAAUGCAAGUGUUUCUCUGACGUUCACAAGGGGAGUGGGAGUUAAAUCAAAUUGCGGAAAUUUUCUAAAAUAAAUGUAUCGUAAAUGCAUAUUCCACACGCACACAGUGAAAAAAGAGAUUAAUUCUACAGGUUUCUAAACAAUUGAAUUUUAAAUCACUGGGGUCAAAUCGUAAAUAAUUUUAUUCUCAUUAAAAUAAAAAUUGGCUUAAUGAAUUUGGACAAAAGCCAUUAAAACUUUCUUAAUUUUAAUUGCGGCUAUUGAAAGCAUUUAAAAUUUGCUUAGGAAAUAAUUUUUUUACAUAUUAAAACAUGUUUUUUCUAAAAUUUUUUACUUUCUAUUUGCGGCGAAUUUGAGAAACAGUUUUUUCCAACGCUUGUAGAAAGUUUUGAUGCAAAUUAAAGAAUUGCUGUUAUAAAUAAGUUUCUGUUUCU